AUGGCUUCCCCAGCGAACUCGUCGCUUUUCGAGAAGCGGGAGGCGGAGAAGGAGGACCAGGACCAAAUCCAGAAACCAUCCGAGGCCGCGAAAAAGACCGAACGAGGCGACGAUGCCCACGCCGAAAACGCUUCCGAAUCAGACGAGACCAGCCGAGAAUAUACCCCGAAGAUUGAGAAGUCCGGAAAGCGCGAGCUCACAGAAGAUGACUGUUACGAGAAAUUGGGUUUCUGUUUUCCCACAUGGAAGAAAUGGACCAUUCUUACCGUGAUCUUCGUGGUGCAGAUGUCCAUGAAUUUCAACUCUGGCGUCUACGCCAAUGCCGUGACGGGUUUGACCAAGGAGUUCGAGAUUAGUGAGCAAGCGGCCCGUGUCGGCCAAGCUGUCUUCCUCAUAGCUUAUGCCUUUGGGUGUGAGCUUUGGGCUCCCUGGUCCGAAGAGUUCGGUCGCUGGCCCAUCAUGCAGCUCUCACUCUUCUUCGUGAACAUCUGGCAAAUCCCCUGUGCGCUCGCACCGAACUACGGCACAAUUGUCGUUUGUCGUAUCUUGGGCGGUCUGAGUUCGGCUGGUGGCUCAGUGACACUGGGUAUGACUGCUGAUAUGUGGGAAGCCGAUGAUCAGGGUUACGCCGUUGCCUACGUGGUGCUUUCGUCCGUGGGUGGCUCGACAAUCGGUCCAUUCUUCGGUGGUAUCAUCGGGCAAUACCUCUCAUGGCCUUGGAUCUUCUGGGUCCAGCUGAUCUUCGGUGGUGCCACCCAGGCUCUACACUUUUUCCUGGUCCCAGAGACGCGCUCCACAAUUAUGGUGGAUAAUGAAGCGAAACGUCGCAGGAAGAGCGGCGAAGAAGAAGUCUAUGGCCCGAACGAAUUGAAAUCCCCUCGUCUAGAUGCGAAGGAGGUCCUCAAAAUUUGGAUGCGACCUUUUGAGAUGUUCCUCCGUGAACCUAUCGUCUUGUUCCUUUCCCUUCUCUCUGGUUUCUCCGAUGCCCUCAUCUUCGUUUUCACCGAGUCCUUUACUCUAGUUUUCAAACAGUGGAACAUGAGCACCCUCGCCAUUGGUAUGACCUUCGGUUCGAUUCUACUCGGAUACAUCAUCGCCUACGUGAUAUUCCUGCCAGACGUGUAUCGUCAAAUCCAGACACGCCGCAAGCACGGUGUUGCAUCAAGAUACGCCGAGCGUAGACUCCUACUCCUCCUCUUCAUCGCUCCCCUCGAACCGAUCGGUCUCCUCGGUUUCGCCUGGACAUCCAUGGGUCCCCCAAUCCCAUGGAUCGCACCCUUGAUCUUCUCCUGUCUUAUCGCUAUGGCUAACUACGCCAUCUACAUGGCGACCAUCGAUUACAUGGUUGCAGCUUACGGUCCGUACUCUGCCUCCGCUACGGGUGGCAAUGGCUUUGCCAGAGACUUCCUCGCUGGUGUCGCUACGAUGUAUGCGACGCCUAUGUAUGAGAAUAUGGGAGGAAAGUAUCAUCUCCAAUGGGCUAGCACAUUGCUUGGAUGUGUUGGUUUCUUGGUAUUGAUUCCUAUCUAUGUAUUCUAUUGGAAGGGUCCCGAGAUCCGCAAGAAGAGCAAGUUCGCUCAGGAGCUCGCUGCUGAUCGCGAGAAACAUGCCGACCGACGAGCGAGUCGUGCAACUCCUGGAGCGACACCUGCGGCACAUGACCAUGAGGCUGCCCAGGAAUAUUUCCCUUGA